AUGAUAGUUCAACGUGGUCCUAUCAAGAUUUUAAAGAAAAAUGAUGAGUUUCCAAGUGAAAAGAAGAGUGGGAGAAAUAGAAGUUUUUCUUCCAAAUAUUACAUCUGUGAAUUUCCAAAUGGCGAGAAGCAUGAAAGGAAAUGGCUUGUCUAUUCAAAUGAACUGAAUAGGGUAUUUUGUUUUUGUUGCAAGUUGUUCAAGAAUAAACCAAAAACAACCAAUUUGGUGGAGAAUGGAAUAGACGAUUGGCAUAACCUUCCUACAAAGCUUAGAGAGCAUGAAAGUAAUCCGGAGCAUUGUGCAAAUGUUGUGAAGUGGGUUGACUUGAAAAAAGGACUAAAACUAAAAGCAACAAUUGAUAAAGAUAUAGAAGCACAAAUUGACAAAGAGAAAACACGUUGGAAUAUGAUACUAGUUGGAAUCAUUGCGGUUGUGAAGACUCUUUCUCGAAAUGGUUUGUCAUUCCAUGGAACUAAUGAGAAGAUUUAUGAGAAGAACAACAGACUUUUUUGUCAACUUAUAGAGUUCAUUGCAGAAGUCGAUCCAAUUAUGCAAUAG